CGUUUCAUUGAGUUUCCAAUUUGCUCCCGUGCGGUACGGACAUACCAACGGAGCAACGAUCACGAUCAGCUGUGGUGUAAUGGUGGUAGUGUUGGUGAAAGUGUGAACGUCGUACCUGAAAACCCUUCCUUUGCCGAUAAAAAAACCCUGCAGCUUACGGACGUGUUUAUGGUGGUGCUACGGUAGUGCAGUGGUCAGUGCAAUACCGCGAAUGCAACACAGAACGGGAAGCUACGGAUUGAUCGUACUGCUGCAGUUUAGAACGUUUCUCAAGUACCGCGAGGUGCCCCACCGGAAGCGCCAGUUUCGCUGAGGGAAAUAAUCCUUCCAUCUGCCAGGCACAGUACAACUCUCAGUGUGGAGAUGUAAAUCACUCGCCCACGUGCAAGCAAUACCGAACACAGCCGCCAACCGCUCCCGAGCCUCCCGCAAAGCAAUAGACGAGAAGACCGACCCUUUUAACCGGUGUACGAACAACAAAUUAAGUUUGCCGACUGCCCAACCGACCAACCAUCCACCAAAACACCCAUCUGGAAGUCUUGGCUUGUGAAUUGUUACGAGUGUCUGUGUGAACAAGUAGAGUUGGUGCAGCAGUUGGAACAAACAUCCGGAGCGUGCGACAAAGAACACAAACUUCAGCGUCCUCCAGAGCUCAGAGCGGAAAUGGCAAGCUAUUGUCGCUUCCUGCUGGUUGUGUUGCUGGCGGGUGUCGCUCUUGGGCAGCCGGACAGCAUCCGCAGCGAGCCCACGGAUGGCUCGAGACCCACGUUUACGGUGUACGAUUACUUGGCGGUCGCCUUCAUGCUGGUCAUCUCGAUAGGCAUCGGCGUGUUCUACGGGUGGUUUGAAAAGCGGGGCAGCAGUGGCGCCGAUCCGGCUGGCGGUGAAUCGAGCGAUGACUUUCUGCUCGGCUCGGGCAUGAGCCUGUUCCCGGUGACGCUCAGCCUUACCACCAGCUUCAUCACGGCGAUCGAGCUGCUCGGCAACCCGGCGGAGAUGUUCUUCAGCGGCACCCAGUUCGCGCUAAUCGUGAUCUCGAUGGUGCUGGUAGUGCCGGUUGCGGUGAAGGUGUUCUAUCCCAUCUACUUCAAGCUGGAUGUAACCAGUUGCUACGAGUAUCUCGGGAUGCGGUUCGAUAAGCGGAUCAGAACGUUCGGCGCGGUGCUGUACAUUCUUCAGAUGCUGUUCUACACGUCGGUGGCCGUCCUGGCGCCCGCCAUCGCCCUCUCGGAAGCAACAGGUCUGAACAAGUACAUCGCCGUCGUCCUGAUCUACUUUGUGUGCAUCUUCUACUCGUCGCAGGGCGGCAUGAAGGCGGUCGUUAUCGCCGAUACGUUCCAGGCGUGUGUGUUGCUGCUGUCGCUGAUACUAAUACUCGCACUCGGGACGCACUACUCGGCCGGACUGUCGGACGUGUUUAGCCGGGCGGCGGAACACGACAGGAUUGAAUUUUUCAAUUUUGAUCCCAAUCCGACGACUCGCCACUCAGUGUUUUCCGUCAUCAUCGGUGGCUUUUUCUACUGGACCUCGAUGUUCUGCACCAAUCAGGCGUCCGUUCAAAAAUGCAUGUCAUUAAAAUCGCUGAAAACGGCCAAACUUGCACUCUACUUCUCGCUGCUCGGAUUGAUUGCGGUGUUUUUGAUGAACUUCUACACGGGAUUGAUGACUUUCGCACACUAUUCCGACUGCGACCCGCUGGCGGCCGGCCAGAUCACGGCCCCGGAUCAGCUGCUGCCGUUCUACGUGAUGGAUGUGUUCGGGCACAUCAAAUUCAUGGCCGGGAUCUUUGUGGCGGGCAUUUUCGCCGCCAGCCUGGGCACCGUUGCAGCGGCACUGAACUCGCUGGCAGCCGUCACUUGCGAGGACCUGCUAGUGUCCGGUAUGGAGCUGAAGAUACCGGCCGGCAAGGGUGCACUGUACGCCAAGUGGAUGUCCCUCGGCUUUGGACUGGUAUCGUUCGGGCUGGUGUUUGUGGUGGAACGGCUCGGCGGCAUCCUGCAGGCCACCCUGACGCUGAACGGGCUGAUCGGUGGCGUCACGCUCGGACUGUUCAGUCUGGGAAUAUUUUUCCGCCGUGCAAACAGCAAGGGUGCAAUGAUCGGUGGAAUUGUUUCGCUGGUACUGGUCAUAGCGGUCGGUGUGCUGGCACAGCUGAACAACGGACCGACGGCACCACUGCCGUCCUCGGUCGAAGGUUGCAACGCGACGCUGCCACUCGACGGUCGGCUACACGCGGGCGGCUUUGCGUACGACAUCGAGCCCGCCGAUGGUGCAGUUAGUCUAGCGCUGCAGCAUCACAUCGAUGAUGGAACGGUCACACAUCUGCUGUCCAUCGCUACGAAGGAUGGCUGGAAUGGGCAGGGAAUGGAGCAACAUUUCUACCGACUUGCCGGUGAAGAUGCUGCAUCCCCGGACGCUUCCAGCGAUGUGCCAAAGCUAUCCACCACCAGGCAGGACGACGGUUCAUCAUCCUGGUUCGCCUCCGUCUACCAGAUCAGCUACAUGUGGUACAGUUGCCUCGGCACGCUGCUGACGGUGAUCCUGGGCUUGCUGAUUUCGCUACUCACAGCGAACGAACCGCCGUUCGCCGGCAGCUGCUUCAGCCGAUCCACCAUCGCCAUCGAGUCGGAGCUACCGACCACCGACGCUAACCCGUGCGCAUCCUCGAAGAAAGACUCCCUCCAAUGCGUCGUUGUGAGUGGCGGUGAGGAGAAACGUACCCCCGCGGCCAAGCUGAGCGUCGGUUCGAUGGCCCCGCUAGCGCUGAUGAUGCGCACCUCGGUAAAGCUCACCCCGGCAGGGGGCGCCCGACCGCUGGAGAACGACGCCAGCAUCGGCUCGAGCCAGGCAAGCAUCUACUCCCUCGGUCAGCAAACGGUUACCUCCGAGCUGGAUGGAUCGUCCACGGAGGAGGAACACUGCGGUGGGCGCGGUGAGCUGGACCGUAGCGUGAGCAGCAUUUCCACCACGCAAUCGCCGAUGAAGGUGGAAACGGAACGGUUUUAAUUAUGAAUUUCUGCAAGUCUCCAUUUCCUUUUGCAAAGAAAAUUGCAUCCCGAUAAGGUUGGGUAGGGACAAGGACACAGGAGACCAGGGCGAGAUAGCUCGUUUGCGGUGCAAUCCUUUUUUUUCAUCCCGGGAAAGGAAAUGAGAUUGUACCGGGAACUUCAUCUACCCAAUCGCGGAGAGGCAUUUCAAUCGUGCUCGAAAUCACAUUGGUUCAUGUAUGUUUUGGUAAUAAGUGAAGAGUCUAGUGCACGUGUUGCCUCUGCUACUGCCUAGUGCUAGGAGAGAGUGUCAUUGGCAGUUGAUGGUUCGGUGCUCGAGAUACGGUUAUUAUGUGUCCAUUAUCGGGCAUGAAAGUUGUUUGUUUAUUAUGCACUACUUCUGUGUAUGCCACCGAUGUGGCACACAUACACACACACACAACCACACACAGUAUUUAUAUUUAUAGCGUCUUGAUGUUGUGCUCCUCCUGAACCGAAAAGGGAGGGGGGGCUAUAGAGUAGGAACAUGUUUAGCACGUACGGUGCUGUUGGGGAGGUUUGAAUCUGCAGCUCGUUGUUCGGUAGCUUUAGAAACGCUUUCUAGCAUGUAUGGCAGGUUGGGAGGUGCAUACUUUCAGGCGGAAAUAAAACACCGGCCAAUGCCGGAUAUUUGUUUUUGAA